AAGAGGCAGCGUACAAAUAAAAGAAGCGCGGAAGAACCGGGAGCAGUGUGUUUUCAGCCCCACAAGAUGUCGUUAGUGUGUAGGAAGGCGUUGGUUCUUGCGUUCACUAUCUCCGGGUGUAGCAGUGGAAGUCUUGAUACGGGAUAUGUCGAUGCGACAGCGAAGCCCUUGGCCCCUCGUUUGCGUGAAGGAGAUGGAUUUCCUCGAGUGUCUAAUGGGAAAAUGCUCAUCCCGACCUUCGCAUUUCUAAGCAUCAACCUCGAGGUGAAAAGUUGCCAGGCAGACGAACAGUGCCACAAAUAUCUGCCAAACCUAAAUGUUGCUCUUGCUAAGAACAGUAGUGUCCCUUCUGCUCCCUAUUGCAACAAGUCAAGUAACUCAUCUUUGGGACGCUGUACAUGCGGCAAAGGGAAAUGUGUCUCUUAUACAAAGGAGUUCGGAAGAGGAACAAUACUGUAUUAUUGCGGGCCCUGUAGCUACGUUGGUGCGAGAUGUAGCAACGACUCUCCUUGUCAACAUGAGCUUGCAGAAUGCAGAGACAACUUCUGCGCUUGCAAGAAUGGAGGCGAUUUCUUCGAGUUUUCCUAUUGUGAAGUCCCACACCUUGGUUUCGAAGUGGCAGUGUACAUGGUCAUUGUCGUGUGUAUUGUCUUUAGCAUCUGCCUCGUGCUUGCUUCCUCGUAUGGAAUCAUUAACAUGCAUCAACUUCGAAGACUCCCUGGGCUUUUGAGGUACCUACAAACUCAACAGCAGUGUGAACCUGCUACUGAGGACCUCCCUCCAAAAUACGAUGAUUUAUUGGGCAAACUGCCUACUUACGAAGAAGCAAUCUUUACGAUAGAGAAGAACCCCUGCGUCGACCUGUGCCACAGGAAUCUUGCCUUCGACGCCGAGGAGGAAACGGAUUCACGUUACGGCGUUGACAUCGAAGCGGCGGAGCGUGCAAACCAAGCCGACCAGACAGAGAAUCAUUCAGUUCCUACACAACCGCGCCGAGCACAAAAUGACGUUAAGAAUCCCCAAUCAGAUGUAGAGAGGCCGGCUAAUCCUCCUCCGUACCAGGCACAAAUCGUCGUUAAAAAUCCCCAGUCAGAUGCAGGGAGAUUACCAAAUCCUCCUUUGCGUCAUGCAGAAUCCGACGUUAAAAUCCCCCAAUCCGAUGCAGAAAGGCUGGCUAUUCCUCUUGGAUUUAGUGUGGAUAAUGAGCUAAUCAAUCCACAAUCCUCAGCACGAUCUCACUCGCCCCGACAGCAUACUGAAACUCCAAUCCGGGAAAUACUCACCAAGCACACAAAUUCUUGA